GUGACAGCUUCUGUGACAGAGGCUCCAGUGUAGGCUAUAUAUACUGAGCAGACGCUACGCUGUUUAUUGCACACUGAUUGUUUCAAGAUCGCUAAUGGCUUUAAUCGGCAAACCAAAGAUCAAGGAGUCCCGCUGGAAAGUUGUGGAGAAAAAGACUCAGAAGGAUGGCCUCCUCCACACCUUCUACAGCCCCAAUGGAGAUCAGUACACCGGAGAGUGGAGGAAAAACCUGAGGCAUGGACAGGGAACUCAGGUGUGGACGAGUGCCAAAACGAUGUAUGAAGGUGAAUGGAAAUGGGAUGUGCGUGAUGGUUUUGGGACGCUCUACAAACUGCAGCUGCCAUCUGAGCGGUAUUUAAAAGUGUAUUUGGGGAACUGGAGAAACGAUAAGAAAGAGGGGUUUGGAAAAUAUUUCUACAGCUCUUCAUCCCGAUAUGAGGGGGAGUGGGUGAGGAAUGAGAGGAGCGGAAAUGGGAGGAUGACUUACGAGAAUGGAGAUGUUUAUGAAGGAGAGUGGUUCAGGGAUAAACCCCACGGCAAGGGCGUGCUGCUCCUCAAGAACGGGAACAGGUAUGAAGGCUACAUGAAGGAUGGGAAGAAACAAGGACACGGACGCUUUGUCUACAAGGACAUGGGUCAGGUGUACGAAGGCUUCUGGGUAGAUGAUGUGCCCAAGUGUGGGAAGCUGUGUGAGUACAACAGGAAGAAUAUACACACACCUGAGCUGAACCCGAUUCCACCGGUGAGGCUGCAGGAUGUCCACGAGGUACUAAGGGAGGCACUCGGCCGUUUCUGCAGCAUGACAUGAAAGAUUAAAGCACAAAGAAGAAAAGAGAAACACAAAAAACAUAAAUAUACACAUAAGAAAAAUAUUUCGUGAAAUCGGAAAAACGCAAAAAAAAAAAAAAAAAAAAAAAAAAAAAAAAAAAAAAAAAGGGUCUCAGAGAGACCGGAAAGAGUGGCAGUGCAUGAGAAAGAAAGUGGUGCGCACGCGAUAGUCAGUGGUGUGCACGAGAUAAUUUCCCUUCAGAAUUACACCACGUGCUUUCAGAGACUACAUAAAUCUAAUAAAUUAAUACAGAAAUCUCUUAAAUAUCUCACUGAUAUUUAUUGAGACAAUAAUAAAUAAUUAAUUACUUUUGAUUAUAAGAGGAAUAUGUUCUGCUUAUAAGGGUUUUCCAAAAUGUUCUUAUCGUUCCACAUAUCUUUGCAUAAAUAGAAUAUUCAGACUGUUCUGUUUUUCACUGUAUAAUUUUGGUGAGAGAAAAAGCAGUCAUUAAGUAUGCUUUGCAUUUAAACAGUGAUUUAACCUUUUUCGUUGUGUAAUUAUAGAACACUUUGCAUGUUGUUUAUUAUGCUGUGAAUGUUUUUCAUCUUCCA